AGAUUCCGCACCACGAAGCAUGAGCGACGCCAAGAUGAACGCCAAGGACCGCCGGAAGCUCAAGCGUGCGCAGGAGCUGGCGGCCAAGGAGGCGACCGCAGUCGAGGUCGUUGUGCCCGAGCCUGUGGCCGCGCCUGCUGCACCGGCGCCGGAAAAGGCCACGCCCGUUGCUGCCAAGCCCACGCCGGUUGCUACCAAGGCCAAGAAAGAAGAGCCGGCAGUGGCCGACGUCAUUGCCGCGCCUUCGGUCACAAAGACCAAGAAAUCUGCGUCGGCGCCCAAGGAUGAGACGGACGCGACGGGCAAGACGGCCAAGGAGCGCCGCUUGGAGAAGCGUGCCGCGGCGCGCGAGACGCCGACCGAAGCCCCUGCGGACGAGGCCUCGGGCAUGAACGCCAAGGCGCGCCGCCUUGCACAGCGUGCGGCCCAGCGCGCGCCUGCCACGGCCGACGGUGAGGCACCAGCCAAGCCCGAGACCAAGCCCCGUCCGGCCAAGCGAAAGCUGCCCGAGAAGGAGAACCCGAACGAGAAGCGUAUUCACUUGACGCUCUUCCUUGGCCAGCUUCCUUUCUCGGCGACCGAGGACAAGAUCCGCAAGCACUUUCACGAAGCCGGCGAGCUCAAGGUUCGUAUGGCGACCGACAAGAAGACGGGCAAGUUCAAGGGCACGGCGUUCAUCGAGGUCAAGGACAGCAAGGCGCUCGGCGCCGCACUCUCGCGCCACCAUAGUCUUCUCGACGGCCGGCGCAUCAAUGUCGAGCUCACGGCCAACGGCGGUGGCAAAAAGUCGGAGCUCCGCACGUCGCGCAUCAAGGAUCUCCGCGAGAAGCAGAGUGCCAAGCAGAUCGAAAAGGUCCGCGCGCUCCUCCAGAAGAACGUCGACAACCCCGAGUGCAAGCUCACGCAGGACGACGUCGACGAACGCAUGACGGACUUCCUCUCGUGGUUCGACUACGAGACGGCCAAGGUCGCGCUCGAAGAGUUCAACCGUUGUGUGAACGAGACCGUCAUCAACCGCCGUGCGUUCUUCAUGGGCAUCCUCAAGCGCUUCCGCACAACGGACGGUGUCGAAGACCGCCCGGCCAAGAAGCCGCGCACCAACGAUGGCAAGCCUGCGUAUGGCAACAAGCCAGCCUUUGGCAACAAGCCCGCGUACGGCAGCAAGCCCGGGUUCAAGAAGCCCGGGUUUGGCGCGUCGAAACCUAAUUUCCGCCGCAAUUAAAUAUAUUGAUUCGAGU